UUGGAUUGAUAAAUUGGAUUCAUAGUUCGUUGACAAAUUACAAUUUUUAUUAUUUAUAUUUAUUUUACAAUUUUGUACAAAAUAUGUCAUUAAAAUUAUAUUUUUUUUUAUCUAUUUUUAUUAUGACAUUUUAAUACUUAAACUUUUCAAACUUUAUAUAUUGAUCCCACGUUUUCAAUGUUGUGUGGAUCUAUGGACCAAUCCACCAAAUCAAAUGACCCGCAUCUACAAAUCCACCAAUCCAUUUAAUCUAUUAAUCCACUAAUCUAUCAAUGAAUGAAUCCCAUCCAUUUGCCACGAAUCUAAUUCGAUUGUUUAUAUGUAUUGGCAGGGGACAGCUGCGGGGCGAACAUGUCGCACCAUUUCGCACUGAGGUUGAACGGGCCGGGUCCGACGUUGAAAAUCCGAGGAGUGGCGAUGAUCCACCCGUAUUUCUGGGGGAAGGACCCGAUCGGCGCGGAAGUCGACGACGGGUUCAGGAAGGCGAUGGUGGAUAACUGGUGGCUUUUCGUUUGUCCGUCGGAGAAAGGGUGCGACGACCCGCUGAUCAACCCGUUCGUUGAGGAGGAAGCCGGGUCGGGUCUUCAGAAGUUGGGUUGCGAGCGGGUUAUCGUGGUGGUGGCGGGGGACGAUAUUUUGAAGGAUCGGGGGAGGCUCUACUACGAGAAAUUGGUGGGGUCCGGGUGGAAAGGGAAAGCCGAGUAUUUGGAGACAGAAGGAAAGGAUCACGUGUUCCAUAUUAUCGAGCCUGAUUGUGAGGAGGCCAAGAUCGUUUUCAAGCGCCUGGGUGCAUUUUUUAAUGACGACUCUUGAGGCGAUAUGUGGGUGGUUACAAAAGAUUUGGUGACGAGUGGUCGAAUGAACUUUGGAUUAUAUUGUUUUGUGUUUUCGGAUGCUUGAUGUUGGUGUUUGGAAGGGGUAUUGGAAUGGUAUAUUUCAAGUUUGGUGUAGUAUCUAAUUGUUACAUCCAUUCCUCCUUUCCUUCCAGCUCUUUUAUUAGGGUUAAUACCUUAGUUUGACUCGAAUUAUAGACAAACUUUCUACUUUGGCCUGUGAUAUCGAAAUUUGUUAUUCUGGUCUGAACUAUGUAGCAUACUUCCUUAUUUGGCCCGGAGGCGGGUUUGACCGUCAAAUUUGACGGUCGACCGAGUUGACCGUUAGUCAAGGCCCAACUCAGUUGCCACAUCAGCUAGCAGGGAAUAAUUUUUUUUAAAUUUA